ACACACACACACACACACACGCAUUCAGCCCGAGCUGAGCUGAAGUGAAUGCAGAGAGGAGGGGGAAGCGGAGCACAAGCGAAAGAAGGUUAGCCAGCAGCGAGUGAAGAAAAUGGCGAUCACGCAGGAUGAAUGCCUCCCCUCGUAGAUGCUGCAAACGCGUUGAAUUUCUUUAGCCUUACAGUCGGCUUUCCUUUCCACUCUGUUGCACUUUAUACUUCAAUGAGAGAUUGGGAAUUGGAAGCUGUUGCCACCAAAGAAACUGAAGCAUCUUAACAGGGAACGCACCCACAGAGGGAAGAACAGUGGAUGGAAGAGAGAGAGAGACGGGGAGUGUGACAAGAAAGGAGGAUAAGAAUCUGCAGGACUGGACAAAAGCGCCAGUGCCGAUUCAAGACUGAGUCUUUAAUCUGAACCACGUCCUCCCCUCCCCUUCCCCACACAUAACGCACGCUCACACACAGAUAGUCCUCUGCGAUGCCAAGGGGGGCUGAUCAGCUUGCUGCCCGUUCUGACAAGCCCAGCCUCCUCGCCUCAUACCUCUUAGGCUGUGCUCACUGAGCUUUGACCUUUGACCUCCCUGUGUCGACCUGGGAACCAAAGGUCACCUAUUCUCCACUGAAGCCGGGGACCCCGCUCUGCCCAGUCAGGAGUUGCAGCCUCCAGUGGCACUCAGAGGCAUGGCUCCCAUUCGGGAUUCCGUCAGCCAUUCCCCUAAUCAAACAGGUCUGGAGCAUCCUGGCUUGGACUCCCAGUAUGAGCCUUCCCCCUGGUCCUCUGGUUCCCCCUGCAGCAGUGACAGCAACUGGGGCAAAGUCUUAGUGGACGGAAGCACGGACAAAUCCAAUAACCCUUGUUCAACCAGCUCUUCUGUCUGGCCUCCCUCCUCCUCUUCAUUUUCUUGCUCGUCCUCCUCCUCUUCUUCUGGUUGCGGAUCAGGAUCAGAUCCUGAGUUGGCCUCAGAAUGCAUGGAUGCAGAUUCUAGCUCCCCAGUUGGCUCAGAGAAAAACCUUGGAGCUAUCGCUGCAAAUACAGUGAUGAUGAUGUCAACAAAUGCUUCGUCCUCGGUGUCCUCCACAGCUUCUUCUCCAUCGUCCUGUUUGGGGACUGCUACCAUGAUGGUCGGUGUUACUGUGAAUGGAGACGGCAUCAAUUGUCAGGUAACUGGAGGUCUGGGAACCAUUAGCAGCGCAAAUAAUGGAAAUGACCUAACAGGAUCCUCACACUACUCCAUGGCUGGAUCCAGCAGUAUUGGCAGCAAUAAUAUGAGUAACCACAACAACAAAAUAGCCGGCAACAGUGGUGUAUGGGGCACCCAGUCAGGCAGCAGCAUGAACACCACUGGUGGGAGCAACCCCUGCAUUAAUGGAGGGUUAAACCCGAACACUUUAAACCCAAAUGCCAACCAUGGUGCCUGGCCUCAAAAUCUAACCACAAGUUCAGUGUGCCAGGGCCAACGGCCUCCACAGGCUCAGGGGAUGAGUUCCAAACUGGGUUUGACUCCUCAACAGGGCCCCAUGCUUGGGUGGGGUGGCAUAGCAGCUCCAGACAACAGCAGUAUGAUGGAAGAAGCUGAGGUGAACAAUGGUACAUCAAACAGCAAGGUGUUAGGAAGCAGCAGCAGUGGAAAUGGUGGUCUGCAGCCUCCCAACCUUAACACUGAAUCCAAUGGACCAAAUAACACUAUCAUGAUAAAUACUACUACUACUAACACCACAAUGACCUCUAGUCCACCAAACUCUACCGCCUCACCCCAGCUUAGUGGGGAUUGUUCCUGGGGUUCCAUUGGAGGAGGAAAUGGGGGUCCACUGGCCAAUGGAAACCCGUCAUCUGCCCCUCAGCACCCCCAAGGAGAAAUGGGCAGUACUGGGGCCUUUGGUACACCUUGGGGCGCAGCUGCCUACCCAGUAGACAAGGGCCCCCCAAAUGCAGACACUGUGAACCCCCAAAUCUCCCCUGCUGCUUUCAAGAGUAAUAAUAACCCCAAUAACACUGGGGCCCCACACUGGGACCAGGGGCCCACCAAUAACCCAAACCAGCCUCCGGGUAACUUGUCCUGGGGUACUGGCUCCAAUCAGAACCCCGGCUCCGCAGGCCAAACUCCAGGAAAUGGAAACCAAACUACUAUGGGCCCUCCGGCAGGCGUGCCUCGCCCCUGGGGUAGCAGCGCAUCCUCUUCUUCCUCAUCGUCGUCCUCCUCCACAUCUAACAACAAGAAUUCCAAUGGAGAAUGGGGAUCGACAGCUUCCAGUAACAACCAUUCAGAUGUUGGAAAUCACAAAGGAAACUCUGCUAACAAUGGUUGGAAAAGCCUUGAGGAUGAUGCCAUGGGCAUAGGGACAGGUAGUGGAAGCCAUGGCUUAGGGAGUGUCCCUGGACCUGGAGGCUGGGGUCGCUCUGGAGGAAGUGAAGGAAGUGGUGAGAGCUCUGGAGGUAGAUCCAGCUCAGACAGAGACAGCAACCAGCCUAAAGGAGGAAACCGCAGAAAAGGUACCCCUUCAGCGUCAAUAAUCACGGCGUUGGCCAGGGCCGACGUGGACCCAAGGGUUCUCUCCAACACUGGAUGGGGUCAGACACCCAUACGGCAGAACACCGCUUGGGAUGUCAAUUCUCCUAACAACAAUCAGCAUCAUGGUCCCAGAGGAGAUGAAAGAAAGCAAAGCAGUGGAGGUUCUGGGUGGGGCACAGCGACACCGGCAGCUCCCUCUCAAACCUCUGGAGGUUGGGGGGGUGGGCCAAGCGCAUCAGGCCCAGAGAGUGGAGGUUCUGGCUGGGGAGAACAGAGACAAACAUCUGGGUGGGACAAUAAAAACCCCCAUAAUGGAGGAGGAGGGCAAAGUAGCUGGAAUGAUGGACCCAGUUACAAGAGUGGUAACAACAGUAACACCUGGAGCAACAACAUUAAAGAUGACAGGUCCAGCACAUGGACUAAUGCACCCAAACCACAGCAGGGCUGGGGUUCCAAUAGUGGAAAUGGCAAUGACACCUGGGCUGGUAGUGUUGACGGUCCUCGAGGAGGGGCCAACAACCACUGGGGGGAACAUCAGAAGGGCGCAGGCUCAGUGGGCUGGGACAGUGACAGCGACCGGUCCGGCUCUGGAGGUUGGAGCGAGCCUAGUAGAACCAACACCAGCAGCAGCAACACCUGGGUGGGCAGUGGAGGAUCCAAUACUCCAGACCAGAGCACUCCAAACCCAGGCUCCACCUGGGGGGACUCGGUCCACAAACCUAACCCUCAGCCUAACAGUCAAAACUGGGGUGAGCCAGUGAAAAACAACCAUGGAACUCAGAACUGGGGAGAGCCAAAUUCCAAAUCCUGUGAGUGGGGAAAAGGUCCUGAAUCCAACAUGUCUCGAGGCAAUCAAGGUUCUAAUAAGCCAACAGGCUGGGUGGGAGGCCCUAUGCCCACGGUCGGUCAGAAGGAGGAAGUUGCUACUGGAUGGGAAGAACCUUCUCCAGAGUCUAUCCGUCGGAGGAUGGAGAUCGAUGAUGGAACUGCAGCUUGGGGUGAUCCUGGUAAACGCUCGGUCAAAAGUAAAUACAGUGGUGGAGCUGUCAACUUGUGGAACAGAACUAGUCAGUCAGAUCAAGACCCCAGUGGUCCGUCCCCUCAGCCCCAGUCCCACCCAACACACAAACCCAUGCAGCAUCUAAAUGAAGAAAAAAGCUGCAGCUCUGGUUGGGGUGAGCCCUACCCCCAGCAGAAGGAAUCCUCAUCAUGGGGAGAGCAUACCCCUGCUCCACCUGUGGCCGUGGACAAAGGAACGUCUGCCUGGGGGAAGCCUGUGGACAAUAGCACUUGCUGGGAUGAACCCAGCAGAGAUAGCAGAGAGUCUGGGUCUGGAUGGGGUACCCAGCAUAAACCUGGAACAGGUUCAAAGCCUAUGGAGACGUGGUGUAGUGAGGACGUGUCCAUGGGCAAUAGCUGGGAUCAGGAGGAGGAGGUGGAGAUCGGAAUGUGGAGCAACAGCCAGCAGGACAACAGGCCUCACGACCAAAACACCUGGAACUACAAACAUAAAGGCUCCAACAGGAUGAACAAACCAGUCAACAAACAGGAUGAACCCUGGAUGAAACCAUUCAUCAGCCAGUUUAACAGCAUGAAUUUCUCAAGAGACUCUCCUGAUGACUCCAUGAAGACAGCAGCAGGGAUGAUUUCGGACAAGCGCAUGGACAUGAACAGCAUGGGCGACUUCAAUGGAGUCAUGGGGAAGAACCCAGGGCCCCGACAACAGCUCCACAAAGAGUCUGCCAUGGAUCGUAGUCCUUACUAUGACAAGCUUUCUGCUUAUGAUAGUCCGGCCUCUGAUGAGCUCCCCUCCAGUCAAAGCAUGAGCCUUUCCCCUAGCAAUUCUGCUCGGCCUAUCCCCUGCCGCAACUCCGGGCCGUCCCCUUCCCACUCUAAUCCUGGGGCCGCUCAGCAGAAUGUAAACCCUAUGAUGGGUGGCAGCAGCGUAGCACAGGGCCGAGGCGGGCCCCAGUCCCAAGCCCCACCUCAACCCAAUUUUCGUAACCAAGUGCCUCCUCCCAUCCUGCCCUCUCAGGUCCCUCCAUCCCUGUUGAAGUACCCUGGUGGAAAUGGAGGUCUGAACCCCCUGUUUGGCCCUCAGCAGGUGGCUAUGCUCAACCAACUCUCCCAGUUGUCUCAUCUCAACCAGAUCAACCAGUUACAGCAGCAGCAGCAGCAGCAGCAGCAGCAGCAGCAGCAGAAGGCUCAGAACCAGAGAGCCAUGUCUGUUGGUCGUCAAACUGAUCAGACACGUCCUAUUGGUUCAUCUCCUUCAAUAUUGCAGCCGCCACGACACCUGGACCCCUCCCUGCUGAAACAGACCCCCCCACUUAAACCAUACUCAGACGGCUACAUGACCCAGAAUACCCCUGAAAUGCCUAAGGAAGCUGCCACUCAUGGAUCCUUCAGCAACUUCCCUUUAAGCUUGAACUCUAAUCUGAAUGUAUCCCUGGACAUGAGCGUUGGUGGUGGAAACGGUGGUGGUGGAGCUGUGAGCUACAAAGAGCCACCCCAGUCCAGACUGAAGAGUCUUUGGGCUACUGACCCUCUGGAACAGAACAGCAAACCCGGUGCUAUGUCGUCUGGGCUGCGUCUGGAGGAUUCUCCCUUCUAUGACUUCCUGUCUCCUGGCACAUCUCACCUGAGUCCUCCUGGCCAAUCAAUGGGCUCGGUGGGCGAUGGCUGGCCACCACGUGCCAACUCUCCCCCGCCUCAUGGAAACACUGUCACCUGGCCCCCAGAGUUCCGGCCCGGGGAGCCGUGGAAAGGUUACCCCAACAUUGACCCUGAGACUGACCCUUACGUGACCCCCGGCAGUGUCAUCAACAACCUCUCCAUCAACACCGUCCGAGACACAGACCACCUCAGGGACAGGAACAACGGGCCAUCCUCAUCACUGAACACCACGAUGCCUUCUAACAGUGCCUGGUCAUCCAUUCGUGCCUCCAGCCUCACCAGUACAGCACAAAGCACUUCAGCCAGACCCAGUGAGUCAAAGUGGUCUCCUGGUGGCGGUUCUGUGUCUAACUCAUCCCUAGCCCAUGAACUUUGGAAGGUCCCCCUGCCUUCCAAAGCGCUGCCAGUAGCAGCCCCCUCCAGACCACCACCCGGCCUCACCGCCCAGAAGCCCAGCGCCGCCCCCUCUGGUUGGGACGGCUCUGCUCUGAGGCUGGGGGGCUGGGGCUCCACUGAAUCCAGAUACACACCUGGUUCCAGUUGGGGUGACAGCAGCAGCAGCAGCAGCAGCUCAGGAAGAACUCAAUGGCUUGUUUUGAAAAAUCUCACACCUCAGAUUGAUGGCUCUACACUGAGGACCUUGUGCAUGCAGCAUGGCCCUCUGAUCACAUUCCACCUCAACCUGCCACACGGUAACGCUGUGGUUUGCUACAGCUCAAAGGACGAGGCUGCCAAGGCCCAGAAAAGCCUGCACAUGUGUGUUUUGGGGAAUACUACUAUUCUGGCUGAGUUUGCCAGCGAGGAGGAAAUCAGCCGUUUCUUUGCACAAGGGCAGUCAAUGGCCUCUUCCUCCUCGGGCUGGCAGGCCAUUGGCUCCUCUCAGAGCAGAAUGGAUCAGUCUCACCCUUUUCCCAGCCGCGCUCCCGAACCGAACCAGUGGAGCAGCAGCGAUCUCCACAGCUCUCCCCUCUGGGGUAGGCCCAACUUUUCCAGUAGCCUGUGGGGGAGCCCCAGUGGCACCGAGCCAGGGGGGAUCAGCAGCCCCUCUCCAAUCAGCUCCUUCCUACCAGUGGAUCACCUGACAGGGGGCGGAGACACCAUGUGAACUACCUGCCAAUCACACAGGCUGGAGGGAGGGUCAGUAAAGAAUUCUCAAUAAUCAGCAGAAGAAAAUGGAAAAACAAACAAAAAAAAAAUGUAGUUAUUAACGCAAUGGCACUAGUUGGACUCUUUCUCACUUACAAGAUAUUCAACAAAACGGGGUCUCCCCUGUGGAAUACAAGUUACGUUUCUCUCUCUGCACAUAUGUCCACUUUGUUUUCGCCCAAAAACAUAUCAGUCGGAAUACUUGAAUCAUGCAGGCCAAUUCUAUAAUGUGAACGGAUGGAUAUUUGCUUCCAGGUAGUGCUCUUUCAGACCGAAAAAAAGCUUCACUCGAGCUCAUUAUUAUUAUUAUUAUAAUAUAUAUUUUUUGUUUCAUUCGUCAUGUUGAAUUCCAAUUCUCUUGAACGUUUUUUUCUUUUAAUUUUUCUCCUCUUUCUUUUUUUUUCUUUUUUUUUUGCAUUUGUUUGCUGACAAUGUUGGAGUAUGAGCUUUUUUUAACUUUGCACUGAAUGUGGUUUUUUUCUCAGUAUAUAUAAUCUGCAAUAUAGAGGGAGCAGCCAGUUUUUUCCAGUGUAGCUGUUUACUCAUUGAGGUCCUUACCGUGUGUGAGUGUGCGUGUGUGGAAGUACUUUUGUAUGUAUGUGAUUGCGAUUGGUGAAUGAGUAUGUGUGCGCUCCUCUCUGCCUUGGCACGCCUACCUUACUGCGUUGUCGUGGAGUUCAUGAUCAACAGAUGGUCAAAGAAUGAAACCUGACCUGGGUUGACUAUCUGCUGAUGGAAAAAGUGACAUUAAAAAGUAUUGCACCGAUUUUUGUUUUAAAACUAAAGAACGUUGAGCUCUGCAGUGCAAAGGACUGUAGCCGCAGCUGGGACUAGCAAGCCCCGCCCACUUUAAUACAGGGGCGGGGCCUAUCUAGCAAGCCCUCUCAUUAGCCCCCUUGUGGGCAGGGAGGGGACAGCACUUUCAGAAUAGGCUUUCAAUGUUUUGGAGGUGCCACACAGCAACCUCUUGUUUACAAGACUUAGGAGGCGGAACGUGUGUUCAUUCUUCAUUUUAAAGAGAAGAUAAAAUAAAAUUAAAAAAUGCACAAAAAAAAUUUAAAAAGCCAAAAAAAUCUUAUUAAAAAAAAAAAGUACAAAACAAUAUGAAAAAAAAAACAGAAAAAGUAAACUCUUAUUGAGGAUGAAGACGAUGCUUUGUAACUCUGGGAAAUCGGAUCAGUGUUUUUGGCCAUGGCGUUGGUUAUUUAAACUAUUCCUCUUUGUCUGCUAAAUAACCAGCAAUGGUUCUCAGGAAAUCAAGCCAGUCCCCCCCACCCCCUUGUAGUUGAAUAAAAAAAAUGAAUAAAAUAAAAAAAAAUUAAAAAAACUACUACUCCUUGUAGGAAAGGAAAAUCCAACUUCUAGCACUGAAAACUAUGUAUAGGUCUGUAAGUUUCUUUUAUUUUUUUUCUCUCUGCCAAAUAACUGCUUUAAGCUGGAGAAGCUCAACACACUGCUUUCAAUAUGCUGUCUUUAGAGGGAGGGGGAGGGCCCCCGGUCACAGGGGUGGGAGGUGGAGGACGGGCUGAAGAAAAGCCAGCGCUCCCUCUCUCCUCCUCCUCCGCUCCUCCACUCCACUGAUGUAAAAAAAACGUAAAUAAAAUUUGUGGGCAGUGUUUCUGGUGAGUGUGUGGCGGUCAGUGGAAAAUGUCCUGUCUUGUUAGACUUAUAAACCAAGAGAAAGGCGAAUCUGUAUCUAUGCAUACUGUAGCCUCUCACAUUCACAUGGCCUACUGAGAGGAUUUUUUUUUCUUUUCCUUUCCCUGUCUCACAAAAAUGUUUUAAAUGUUUCAUAAGUACAACAAAUGCAAAAUAUUACUUGCUUUUUGCUUUUAAAUCUUUGCCACAUUGUUUUUUUUUGUGGGGUAAACAAAAACUAACAAAAAAAAAAGGAAGACAAACUUAAAAUCCUGUUUUUGGUUGAAGAUAUUUUAACAGUGCAAAAGUCGUCCGCAUUUCAUUGCCUUGAUCCUAAUUGUGUCCGAAGAUGCAACAAAAAGUCAAGUGGCUUCUACCUGUUUACAAAUAGAAUAUGAUUGUAUUGUUGUACUGUUUUUUUUUCCUCCUUUGGGUCAGGGGAGGGUGGGGUACUCAUCUGAAGUUCCUGACAUCCUGAAUCGUGUGCUUGUAUUAGGAUGUCGUGUGAGUGGAUUUCUUUUGUUUUUUCCCACCCCGCUGCAUGGUUGGGAUUGUGUGUUAGUGUGUGUGUGAGCGACUACAGCGUGAAUGUAUAUCCACCAGUGGUUUUUGUUGGAAAAAGAGUAAAAUUACAAGUGUGAAUAACAGAUUUACUUACCUACCAGUGAUUGUUAAGUUACUACGAUGCACAAUUUUUCUUUUCUUUUUUUUUUUUCUUCGCUGCAUAACGAGCCCUUAAGAGUGGCGCGAACGAGAACAUCAGCAUUAGCGAAGCCUUGGACCUUAACUUCUGUUCCUCGCCGUGACUUUUUCUUUAUUUCUUUUCUUUUCCUGUCGAACAUUCGUUUUCCUUUUCCUGCGCGCAGAACACAUUUCCUCUCCCCCACAUUUACAUUUCAGAGGUGCUGUGAGCGCCGGCUUUAGUUGCGUUUGCGAGUGUAGCCGUUAGCCUCCGGAGCGCGUGGAGGCAGACGGAGCCCCGAGUAUUAGCCACACCUGGCCGUGGGGGGGGUGCCAGUAUUCAACGCUCUUUACCAAAUAAUUCAAUCAUACAAAAAAAAAAAUCAGUUUACUCAAUUCCACAUGUCUUUGCUUAAACUAUAUAGGAGUGUAUCUCGUCUGUAUUCGUAUCGUCUCGUUUGGCUAAUUGUUAUCGAGCUAAUUCUUUUGUGUUGCUAACUUCAGUCGACGAAAUUGAAUAAUUGAGGAGCCUUGGAUUUUGCACUUGGGCAGAUUGGAGGAAAAGGCGGAGUAUGCGCGUGCAGGUGGUGUGUAGUCGUCGUGUCGUCCCCCCGUCCCCCCAAAUCUUGUAGCUGAUGACGGUUUAGGAGCGGAGCCUCCUCCUGCCUCCCUCGGCUCGGCACCAGGCCCAACUGUGAAACCACCGCACAAGAGAGGUCAACCCGGUUCGUCGGAUGCGAGUGGACCGUCGCCAUGGCGACUGUUGCCGUAGAUGAGCUUGACUUGACACAAGGCUGAGGUUUUACGUUGGCUCGUUGCGACUCUGACAAAAGCGGUGCUGCCGGUUUUUCGUGUUUUUAUUUGUGUGUUUUUUUUCAGGGACACAGGGUUGCACUCGCCCCUCUCUGGCUUACCCAGGAUCAGCUCUCCCUCCCCAGCCCCGGAGCUUUAAAGGAGACGGAAGCCGGGGGGGGGGUGGCGGCUGGUGAACUUGAACUAGUCUUUUUCUGCUCGUUGAAAUGGCUUAACACUUAAUUCAUUAUGAUUUUGGCAGCGCGUGUUUCUCAGCGCUGAUCUGAGAAGCACAUUUGUCCCUCUUCAGCAUCCUUACUUUAACCAUUAGAAGGACAAAUGGCUGAUCUCCAAUCAGCUGCCCAGAACUCAGCACUGCUGUGCUGUUAGAGAAGGGACAAGCAACGCCUCUCCAUAUUGUUACUGUUUAGGUCCUCCAGCGUUACCUCACUGUCUUUCUGUCAUCCAAUCUGUCAGCUUCUGUGUGUGUGUGCGUGUGUGUGUGCGUGUGUGUGUGUG